AUGAAUCCUCCUGCACCCGUGGAUAGCCCCUUCGGGCUAGUCAGGAACACCCCAGUAGUAUGUCUUCGGCAUGUCGUCCCCGAAGACUCUUAUAAAGAUCGUAUGGCAAAGUCCAUUGUCAAAGAAGCCGAGGCACGGGGUGCAUUAAAGCCUGGUAUGACCGUUCUCAAAGCAACCGGUGGAAGCACCGUCUCCUCGCUUGCCUUUAUCUGUGCCGCAAAAGGCUACCAAUUCCAAGUGGAAUCUUCCAACGCAUUUUCCCUCGAGGAUCUGCCGAUCAUGCAGACUUGGGGCUCGUCUUUCGACCUAAUUCACUGUCCUUCUGGUCAGAUUAUACCGGACUCGACACCCUCCAUGGUGCCUUGCGCCAAAGAAGUAUCCACAGCGGACAACCACUAUUUUGCCGACCGAUUCAACAACAAAGAUAGACUUGUCGUUUAUGAAUUAAGUGGUCAUGAGCUGGUGAGGCAAUUUCCGGAUGGCAUUGAUGCAUUCUGUGGCGCCGUUGGCGGUACCGGUAUGGUCAUGGGAACCCAUGUUGCUGUGCUAGAACCAGCACCCUCGUCGGUUAUUGCCAAAGGCCACACUGAAAUGCACCAUGUUGAGGGCAUCGGUAGUGGCUUUAUGCCGCCUCACCUUGAUCGCAAUCUGUAUGAUGAAGCUCGUGCUGUCACGGAGGAGGCACGCGCUAUGUGUCCACGCCUUGCUAAAGAAGAAGGGUUACUGGUUAAAACAUCACCAGGUCUUAAUGUUGCUGCAGCUAUUGCUCUUGUCAAGCAGCUAGGCCCCGAUCGAACGGUUGCUACAGUAGCAGUCGACACUGGUCUCUAA